AAUAAUUCAGCAACUUAGAAUUCAAAAUACCAAUAGGGAUGUUUGUCAAUAAAACGAUGUAGUUUCAUGCACUAGAGAUUGCCUUUUAGAUGGAAACGACGUCGUUAGAGGAAAUCACGGGCGCCAUACUAACGAAAACAGUUACAUAGUAUACAGCUAGCUCUCCAACCAGAAUCUCUCUCUCUCCCUCUCACAGGUGUUUUCUCUCUCAAGAAGACCAAGAAACCCUGCCUUUCUUCACCACAUCACAAUAAUGGCCAAACCCAUGUCGUCUUCUCCUUCAUUUCUUGCUUUACUCAUCGUUUUUAGCCUCCACCACCUCUCUCGAGGACAGUUUCCACAAGGUCCAAGCUACUCUAAAUUUGUAGUUAAUGCUACGGAGAUGCCGCCGGAAGAUUACUAUGACUACAUCGUCGUCGGCGGGGGAACUGCCGGGUGCCCAUUGGCGGCGACGCUGUCGGAGAAUUUUCGAGUAUUGGUUCUGGAACGUGGUGGUGUGCCUUACACCAAUCCCAAUCUGAUGAGCCAAGAUGGUUUCUUAACCUCUCUCAUGGAGGCCGACCCCUACGACUCCCCUGCUCAAACAUUCACGUCCGAAGAUGGCGUAGCCAACGCCAGAGGCCGGGUUCUCGGCGGCAGUAGCGCAAUCAACGCCGGCUUCUACAGCAGAGCUGACGAAGAUUUCUAUAAAAAAUCAGGGCUGAAAUGGGACCUCCACAUUGUCAAUCAGUCGUAUGAGUGGGUGGAGAGGGCGGUGGUCUUUAGGCCGGAGCUCAAGAACUGGCAAUCAGCAGUUCGGGACGGGUUGUUAGAGGCUGGUGUUGAUCCAUACAGGGGUUUCAUUCUUGAUCAUGCCGUGGGAACCAAGAUUGGUGGCUCCACUUUUGAUAGUUCCGGCAGGCGGCACACUGCCGCUGACCUUCUUGGCUAUGCCAAAGCCACCAACAUCAGAGUGGCAGUCCACGCCAGUGUUGAAAGAAUCCUCCUUGCCCCUACUUCAGCCCUGUCUGGGUCGAAGCAGUCUGCAAUCGGGGUGGUGUAUCGUGAUAGAAUAGGGCGGUACCACCAUGCAAUGGUUCGGGAAAAUGGAGAGGUGAUACUGAGUGCUGGGGCCAUUGGGACUCCUCAGCUGCUGCUCUUGAGCGGCAUUGGGCCAAGGUCGUAUCUCUCUUCGUGGGGAAUUCCGGUGGUGCAUCAUUUGCCUUAUGUGGGGCAGUUCCUCUAUGAUAACCCCCGAAAUGGUAUUUCAAUUGUUUCCCCAAUUCCCCUCGAGCAUUCAUUGAUACAAGUAGUGGGAAUAACUAAUUUAGGGGCUUAUAUUGAAGCAGCUUCCAAUGUCAUACCUUUUGCAUCUCCUGCCCGCUCUGUUUUCAUUCGGACACCUUCUUCUCCCCUCUAUCUCACUGUGGCCACCCUCAUGGAGAAGAUAAUUGGGCCACUCUCGAGUGGUUCUCUUCAACUCGCAUCCACAGAUAUCAAGGUGAACCCACUUGUCAGGUUUAACUAUUUUGCUGAUCCACUUGACUUGGAACGAUGUGUAAGUGGCAUGCGCAAGGUUGGGGAUGUCUUGAGGAGUCGUUCAAUGGAGGAGUUCAAGUUCAGGGAGUGGUUUGGGGGUCAAGAUUUCAGGUUUGUUGGACCUGCAUUGCCUGUUAACCAAUCCAAUGAUGCUCAGAUGGCUGAGUUCUGCCAUCGAACAGUGAGCACGAUAUGGCAUUAUCAUGGAGGCUGCAUUGUGGGUAAGGUGGUUGAUAGUGAUCACCAGGUCCUUGGCAUUGAUGCUCUUAGAGUUGUCGAUGGUUCAACUUUCAAUGUGUCACCAGGCACUAAUCCUCAGGCUACUUUAAUGAUGCUCGGACGGUAUAUUGGGAUAAAAAUAACCAAAGAGCGAAUGAGAUAGCAUCUAGUCUUCACCCUUUGAAGCCAUGGGGACCUUGAAGCUUACUGUGCUGCAGUAUAUGGCCCACUACCUUGCUACUUUAACUUUUCCUUUUGCUAUGAUAUUUGGUUUUCCUCUCAUAGGUAUGAAUUCCCUGUACAGAUAGAGGCAAAAGGGCUCACUUAGAGAUCUGCAUUUUUCAACUUCUUCAUUCAAAGAGUGUAUGGUAUGAAAAUGUUUUAGAAUAUGAAAACUUGAAAAUGUUUUUGAGUGUAUGGUAGCACAAUACAACAGCUCUAUCAAUAGACUGAAUACUUGAAAAUAAAAUUGCAGAAGUCUCGUAUGAAUUUUUA